AUGGUGAAGUUGGAUGUCACUCUCCUCCGCUUCAUGGAGGAUGAGGACUUUCGCGUGCUCACGGCGCUCGAGAUGGCCAUGCGCAACCACGACGUCGCCCCGACCGCGCUCGUUGAGCGUAUCGCCCAGCUGCCCCACGGGGGGUGCCGUAAGCGACUCAACAACCUCCUCAAGCACAAGAUGAUUCACCAUGAGAACACCAUGUACGACGGCUACGCCAUGAAGUACGGCGCGUACGACUACCUAGCGCUGCGCACGCUGAGCAAGCGCGGCACCUGCACAGGUGUGGGCCACCGCAUUGGGUGCGGCAAGGAGUCUGAUAUUAUCUUAGUACGGGAUGAGGCCGGUCACGAGUGCGUGCUCAAGCUGCAGCGCCUCGGUCGCUGCUCAUUUCGCAGUGUGGCGCGCAACCGCGACUACAAGGGGAACGGCCGCGCCCGUCAUGGGGAGAGCUGGUUUUACCUGUCGCGCCUCGCCUCGCAGAAGGAGUACUCGUUUAUGAAGAUGCUGUAUGACGAGGGAUUUCCAGUGCCGAAACCAAUCGAUCAGAACCGCCACGCGCUGCUCAUGGAGCUGGUACCGGGAACCCUGCUGAACAACAUCACGGAGCUCGGAGACGCCAGCAAGGUGUACCGCCGCGCCCUGGAGCUGAUGGUGAAGCUGGCCGAGUCGGGGCUCAUUCACGGUGACUUUAACGAGUUCAACUUGAUGAUCACGGACGACCAGCGUGUCAUCAUGAUUGACUUUCCGCAGAUGAUCUCCAUCAACCACCCCAACGCGUCCGAGCUCUUUGACCGCGAUGUACAGAACCUCGCCAACUUCUUCCACCGCCGCUUCAAGGUGGACACGACGUGGUUCCCAUCACUGGAGAAGGACGUGGUGCGCAAGGGCGAGCUGGAUAAGCAGGUGUACGCGAGCGGGCACUUCACGCGCAAGCAGCAGGAGGAUCUGGAGCGGCUCAUGCUGGAGGGCUUCCAGCGGGGUGAGAAGAGCGAUGACGAGGCAGGCUCGCAGGAGCGCGACAGUGAUGCGAGCGACGAUGACGGUGCUGAAAAUGCGUCGCAGCCUUCGGACAUAGGCAACGCGGACGUGGAGGCGGGAGGGGCGGGCACGUUCACGACCAUAUCCGGCGGCGCAAGGGGCGGCGAGAGUGACGAGGAGAGGGAGGAUAGCAGCGAUGACGAUGUGAGUGAAGGCAGGUUGCUCGACGAGGCCAUGGGCGCCGAACGCGAGCGGCGCCAAGGCGAGCUCUACGCCCGCAGCGCUGACCGCAACGAGAACUUUCUCCCGGAUGGAAAAAUCAACGAAGACCAUGUGAAGCACCAGAUUCGCAAGAACAUUCGCCGCAAGGACAACCACGACUUCAACCGCCACCUGCAUCGCAAUGUGCAGAAGGGUCGGCAGAAGCAGAAGAUUCAGCGUCAGCUCAAGAGCUCGAAUGGUGGCGGCUUCUUCGACUAG